AAGCACGCGCUGGAAUCUGCGGCUGAAGUUCAAACUUUAACCGUCUGUCAAAAAUACCUGCAGCAGCAGCUGUAGCUGAAUGAAAGGAUCAGACAGAGAUGGAUGUAGCGGAUUAAUUAACAGACCGACGUGUGACGUUUCGGAGGCUCGCCGAGGAUUACGCUUCCACAGUCUCCAACUGUGGGGUGAUCUUUUUUCUCUAAAAAUAGGCGAGUUUCGGUAUGAAAAGCCCGCUGCAGGCAGGUCUCCACCAGGAGAUAUUUGCCGAGAUGUUGGCGUGUUGAAAGUAGAGCUUCAGUCAUUGCAUUUUAAACAGAUUUUUAAUUUCCCUUAAACUGUUUUUUUUUUAUUUCUAAUGUUUUCGGAGCUCUACCCUGGAUUAUCAGUGUCGGUUUUCACUUGUGUGAUUUAUUGUUGAUCAGGAAGGACGCAGCUGGACACCGCCCGGACCCGUGAUAAGGAAACCGGGACGGGAUUUCAUUUUGUUACCUUGGUUUUGGGAAGGAAAAAAGACAGCCAGCGUCCAGCCCUGCGUGCUGACAGAUGGCAACCGCGCAUGUUACUGGAAUAUUUUUGGAAUUCAAAUUGUUUUAUGUGUUAAAUAGGCCCUACCUGGAGGAAUAGCUGCAUGUUUUGAGAGCAGACCAGUCGUCCUUAUCCCCCAAACGGACGCUCGGAUAAGUGAAAGGUUAUUUGCGCUCAGGGACAUCCUCAGUGUUGGUGGGUCUGUAGUUUCUUAUAGUAGGCUAUUUGUCUUUUAAAGCACAAACCGGAGCUGCGCACUGUUUUUUUUAUAUUGGGACUUGAAAUUAGCUAUUUAGCCUCCCAACAUCACUUUUCUCUGCUUCCUCUGGCGUUGGAUAUCUCUGAGGACUGUGUCCAAUGAAAGAGAAAAUUUACACUGAUGGCACGAGCUCUUACGUCCAUGUUACCUUAAACGCCUUAUUGGAGUAACCUCAAUUAGGCUUUGGAGGGCGAAUGGGAGGCUAAUUGGAGUUUUUCAGCAACCGUGUGACCCCCUCCAUCCACCCACCCUUCUCGUUUGAGGAUCUAUGUGUACGUGGGUGCUUGUCGUGGGUUUGCACGUUGAGACCACCGGCACCUGGAUUCCCGGUUCGCCACCCUUUUUUCUUCUGCCUGACUGCGAGCACGUCUGUUGCGGUAAUUCCGCUUCUGCGGUCCGGUCCCACACACACAAACACACACACACACUCCCGUUUAUUCAGCCCCAGAAAACUACUAAGAUAGCCUCUCUCUCCCUGUGUGGAUGGAAGAGGAGUCUCGCAGGAUAGGAGACCAGGAGUUGGGAUAAGCCGCCGAGCCUGACCGCCGUUUUUAAAGCCUUCUCAUUGUGAUUUAACUCAUCUGUUAGUGGACGGAUCGGCCGAGGAAGAAAAAGGGAUUCUGGAGACAAGACUAGAAGAGCUGGAGAUCGAUGAAGGUAGGGCCUGCAGGAUAAUCUCUGUACCUCCAAAUGAUGAGCAAGUGUGCGCCUGACUCACAGCUCAACAGGUGUCAGGAAGAAUUGAUCUGGCAACCAGAUGACAGAAAGGUGGGAUGGUGCCCUUGUUAGCUUGUCAUCCUGUUGUAACCCCGAGGCCAGUGAUGUGACUGGAAUUUAGAUUCACCCUAAAAAGGACUGACUCUACCAGAGGACUCCCUUCUUCCCCGGGGAAUCUUGGCAGACUUUGACGGACAGCUGGCCGAGCCAAUGACAAACUUCAAAGACUUUUAACAAACGUCUGAAGGGACAUCCAGGUUUGAGUACGUGCAUGUGAACCCGGAUGAGCGCCAGCACUGUUUUGUGCCCUGUGAGAAGAGGACGGCCGCCCUCCGUGCUAAAGAGGCUGUUGCAGAUCAAAUCCAGUCAUCACAUCACAUCUCAUCAGGGCUUGGCUCUGAUUGGUUCCCCUUGAUACAGGAAUUCUGAAACCCUCCAAAUCAGCAGCAGAGUAGCCAUGGUUGUCGUCUCCUGGCAGGCCUGCCCUCUCCUCCCCUUCCUCCUCUUCGUCCUCCUGUCCUCCCUCCCCUCCUGCUCCUCCUCCAUGCUGUGUCCGAAGCGGUGCACCUGCCAGAAUCUGCUGCCGUCCUACACUGUGCUGUGUGCCAAGACGGGCCUCCUCUUUGUCCCGCCCAACAUUGACCGCCAGACGGCUGAGCUCAGGCUAAUGGACAACUUCAUCACAACGCUGAGGCACCGCGACUUUGCCAACAUGUCCAGCCUGAUCCACCUGACCCUGAGCAGAAACACCAUCAGUCAGAUCCGGCCGUACGCCUUCGCUGACCUCCAGGAUCUCCACGCUCUCCACCUGGAUGCCAACCGCCUCACUACCCUGGAUGACUCCCACUUCCAGGGCCUGGUGAACCUGAGGCACCUCAUCCUGGCCAACAACCAGCUGCACAGCAUAUCAGAGGGAGCCUUUCAGGACUUCCUGGAGACUCUGGAGGACUUGGAUUUGAGCUACAACAACCUGGUAGACAUACCCUGGGAGACCAUCGCCCUGCUCGUCAGCGUCAACACCCUCAGCCUCGACCAUAACCUCAUAGAGAGCGUCCCAGAGGGAAUCUUCUCCAACCUGCACAAACUGGCCAGACUGGACAUGACAUCCAACAAGCUGAAGAAGAUUCCUCCGGACCCGUUGUUCCUGCGCAUCCCAGUGUACGCAAAGAUGAAGGGUUCUCCUCUCACGGCGCUGGUGUUGAGUUUUGGUGGGAACCCACUACACUGUAACUGUGAGCUGGUCUGGCUUCGCCGACUGACCAGAGAGGAUGACCUAGAAACCUGUGCUUCACCUAAAGACCUGGCUGGCAAAUACUUCUGGACCAUUAGAGAGGAGGAGUUUGUUUGUGAGCCACCAAUGAUAACUCGUCACACCUCCAAGAUGUUUGUGAUGGAGGGUCAGGAGGUCAGCCUGCGCUGUAAGUCCAUUGGCGACCCUGAACCUUCGACACAUUGGGUCAGUCCUGAUGGAAAGCUGAUCAGCAACACGUCCAGAACCAUCUGCUACGAGAACGGCUCGCUGGACAUCCUAAAGGCUUCAGUCAAGGAUUCUGGAAAGUUCACGUGUAUAGCAUCUAAUGCAGCUGGGGAGGCCACCGCCCCUGUUGAAUUAGUCGUCAACCCUUCACCACAUUUUGACCCUAAACUGGACCCCGACCCGGGGCCUUCGGACAUCCCCACAUCUAUCAAGUCCAACGUGAGCGGCGGUCAUGCCCGGUCCGACCAGCAGAGGGUCAGUGUGUCGGAUCUAACGUCCAGUUCUGCUACCAUCAGAUGGCCUCCGCAGAACCACAUACCAGGAGUCCGCAUGUACCAGAUCCAGUACAACAGCUCUACAGACGAUAUACUCAUAUAUAGGAUGAUCCCAGCCAACCACAAGUACUUUCUGCUGAGCGACCUGGCAUCAUCGCGGGACUAUGAGUUGUGCGUUUUGGCCGUCUACGAUGACGGGAUCACCGCCCUGACGGGCACCAAGCUGGUGGGCUGCGUGUCCUUUAGUACGGACACAGAAUACGGACGCUGUCACUCUAUACGAGACCAGUUCCUGGGAGGCACCAUGAUUAUCAUCAUCGGGGGGAUCAUCGUUGCCUCUGUCCUGGUCUUCAUCUUCAUCCUCCUGAUGAAGUACAAGCUGCACAGUAACCACUACAAACAGAAAGCCGCCGCGCGCCAUGCCAACGUCUGUUCCCAGACCAACGGAGGAGGAGGAGGGGGAGCUAACGUCCUCGCUCUGCCUCCGUCCUCCUCCUCUGCAGGGCAGGGUGGAGGCGCUAAUAAAAACUCCCAACCAUCAUCAUCAACAGAGGGGAUGGGAGGAGCUUCUCUUCGAGGGACGACUGUAGUGGACUUAAAUCCCACCCAUGACGAUGACGCCAUCUCCCAAUAACACACAAGAAACUGUCAAUCAAACCCACAACCCACCAAUCUCUAAGCCCAAACCAAUACUCCACCUCCUACCCUCCUUUUUUGAUUUGUUGCUGGUGCCUGGAGCCAAACUCCACUUUUCUCAGAGGAGCGGCCCCUGUCAUUGAUUUACUUAUAUUCAGCUUCACAGCGCUGGAGGGAGAAGAGGCGGCAGAGGUGUCCCAGUGGUUUGCAUGGUCGCAUCCUUCUAUUGAGCCCCGCUGAUCAGGUAAUCAUCCCAGUGACACACCCUCCCCACCAGAACUGAUGUGAACAUCCUUUGGGCAGCCAGAGGAGGAUAGACAGCCUUCCUGUUGACAUGCAAAAGUCUCCACAAUGUUGGAAAUCAGAUAUGGUGGCCGCAGGUCAGGCUCGGGGCUUUGGACCCUGCUCAUGUUCGGUGCUUAACUGGGGCUUAAAACCUUGGAUCACAGUGAACACGGCCUGGAAUCGCUUCUUCUUUUCUGAAGGAAGUAUCCAAUGAUCUGCUGGGGCUUUUAAAGGGUGUUGAGUGGAUUUAGUCUCUGCAUUUGACAGUUGGAAUCCGUGCGGACACUAAAUGCUGCUCUGGGAAUAUACUGAACGGAUUACUGUUGAUUUGGAAAAAAACGAUUUAAAGACAUUUUUUCCAGGAUCUUCUCGGUUGUGGUUUGUCGAUUGACGGUGGCACCGCUCUUCUCUUUCCCCAGCAUACAGUCAUAUGCCAAAGGAUUACUGCAGUAUUUUGACCGCAUUAUUACAAUAUUGGGAGAAUAUGCAGACUUCCAAAAGCACAACUCUCUAUUAUCUCUUACGAGAUACGAUACGAGCACAUUGUCAACGUCUUGUCUCAACGCAUCAAUAAUAAACUGUCAAACUAAACGGUCAACUUAUCUGGCACUUUAAUAGUAUGUUUUCAUCUCAUCUCUCUUCCUCUCCUUCUCGCUCUCUCUCUCUGUCUGUCUCUCUCUUUCUCUCUCAUUCAUUUUCAUGAACAACUGAAUAGUAUACUCUCCAGUAUUAGCAAUCUCUCAACUCUUCUGGCUGCGAAUGACUUCGAUGAUGUUGAAAUAAUCUGUGUCUGCGUCCAUGGUGGAUCGGUUCUCUCUCUAUGUCGGAGUAUUAAAAAAAAAAAACUUGGUGUCCCGAGAAUGGAGCCGUGAGGAA